AGUACACCAUAUAAAAGGUAUUGGAAGUAAUAGAUGAACCAAGUAGGAAGCAAGGAAUCAAGGAAACAACAAUGGCUCACAUCCAAAACGUUCUCAUCUUUGCGGCGCUGUGCGUCCUAGCUGUGGCACUCGCUCAAUCUCCUCAAGGUGGACCGCACACCAACCAAGGAGGAUCACCAACUCAGCAAGGUGGACCCCACCAAAACCAGGGUCGCUCACGAAGACAAGUUGAAGAAGAUGACGAAGCUUUUGACAUAUCCCAAGUUUCGGCCGCUAACUGGACAACCUGCGACUUCACAUUAGGCAAGAAGAUUUCGUGCCACGAUUGUAAUACGAGGUUAAUCUGCAAGCAAAUUGGAGGACUGCUGAAGGCUUGCAAUAAUCCUUUUAAGCCUCACUGCAAUAAUGGCAUUUGCUCUCAUGUGCCCAGUGUUGAAUGUGCUGCAGCCUAAACAAAAGUUGGUUUCAAUGAGUUUGGGAAAUAAUCAUUGAGAUAUGAUUUGCUAUUUGGAUUUGUUUCGAAUAUGGUUUUGGUAAUAAAUACUCGUUGAAUUGAAA